GCCCAUUUUGAAUAUGGUUGGAAUCCGAUAAAUGACAGUCGUCGAGUAACGGUAACGAAAUAUAUAGAGGUAUAUAUAUAUGGCAAUUCAAAAACAUUCACUAAUAAAUAUUUUACACAUUUGAUCUUUGAACAAUUACUGUCCCAUUUGCAAGAAAAACAAACGGACAGAGAAUAUUUAACAACACCGAGAAAAGCAUAAUUCAAACAGAAUGGAUGAAUCGACUAUCGACUCGACUCGGUCGUCGACGUCGCUAUUAUCGUCCACAAUUCAACGAAUUGAUAAAUUGCAGUUGAAAGGCAAAACGACAGCUUCGUUGUCGUCAUUUAACGAUGAACGCUUUUUAUUCCUGCAAAAUGAAUGCAUUAAAAACCGCUUUUGUUUGUGGAAUGUAGCGUUCGUUGGCGAGUGCUCGUUCAACGAAAGCCGUCUAUUUAAGAAUGCAAUAGAGUCGAUAAUUAAAAAUUGAUUUAACCAUAUAUCCAGUUUUGUCGAUUGAAAAAAAAGGCUUCGUUGGGGCAUAUGGCUCAUUUGAUUUUUGUUCCCUUUCACCAGAUAUUUACUCAAUGCGGCUGUGCAUUCACUUGACCCGUGUGCAUGUAUUUGUUUGCGCGCAGGAAGGAAAUGCUAGUAAUAAUAAUAUUUUACUAAUGAGCAAACGUGGUGGUGACAGCCAAUGCAAUUUAAGCAGCCAAACGAACAUAAAAUACCGACCAUUUAAAUAUGCAUUCGAAUCAUGUUUUAAUGAAUUUUAUUGAUUUACUGCCACACUCUGUUCUCCUACUCUACUCAUCGACGACGACGACGACGACGAUGACGGUGCGAUGCGGCUUUUGUUUCGCGCAUCGUCUCCAUCUUUUUACACUCAUAAUGUAUGCAAACACAAAUCAUAAUUUGUUUUCUGUUUUGUUUGCGGGGUGUUUCUCUGCAUUCUCUACAUGUAGAAAUUUUCUAUUUCUAUUUAUUUUUACUGAUGCAAGAAAAUAUGAAAGUAAAAUUGUAUUUUGGAAUCGAUGACGAAGUGAAUUGCCUUUCAUCAAGCCAAGAGUGAAUAUUAACGAAACUAAUAAUAAUCAUACUUUUAUUUUCUGAAGAAACGAUAUGGAAUGAAUAAUGAAUUGCGUCGUCGAUUUGCGUCGUUAAGUUUAGUAGUUUUUUUUUCUCUAAAAUAUGAUCGAUGAAUUUGAAUGAAGCAACAGCAGCAGCAGCAGCACGUUCGUUAUACGACACACGUACUCAUUCACAUUUGUUUUGGAUCGUCUUAUUGCACAAAACGACGAGCGAUGUGAACAAGACACUCGAGGUGAUCAAUUUAUUAUUCGAAGAACAUAACUCAAUUUCCUUAAUUGUACUAACAUUUGGUUGUGCUGCUGCUGCUGUUUGUGUCAUCACACAGUUGGACUUUUAAUAAGACGAACCGAAGAGAGAAAAAAAAUUAUUUCUUCCAAUUGUAGUCUGUAAGCGUUAGUUUUGGUGUUGUUGUUCGUCAUCAGUUUCAUUUGAUCAUCGUCGUUGCCAUAAUAAUUUAUUCGAUUUUUUUCUCGAAACAGUCCACAUUAUCGAUACCCGUCGAUAUUUUACACGCUUGGCAAACAUCAGAAUAUAUUGCUUUUGCCAUUUCGAUUAAAGAGAGAAAAAACAAGAUGAAGCAAAAGAAGAACUAAAUCAACCGCAGUAAUCGUUUCCUGUCCAUCAUUGUCGGUCGUUUGAAAAGUUGUCCAUUGUGAAUAACAUACAGGCACAUAAUCUAGGAAACAGUAGCCACUUAACCUCUCAUCUCAACUAUUCGGUACAUUUUUCAAGAUCAAUUGCACGCUAUUCAUUCUUGUUUUUAUACAUUCCAAACGACUUCACUUCCGACCGAUAAACAAAAACACAUACACACAGAGAGAGAGAGAAUGAAAGCCAUCAUCGUUUACAUGCGUCAAACCCCUCAAAUCGUCAUCCCAUUGUUUUCACUUCGCAUCGUUCACACACAAUCGCAUCUUGUGUUGCUUGAAAAUCACCGUAUAAAUUAUCGCCGUUUCUUUCAUUCGCCUGUGCUUACGUCAAUGACUUGUUCGACGACCACUUAGACGAAAUUACUAGUUAUCGCUUGCACAAAAGGACGAAAUCAGUGUCAGAACCAGCAAAUAAAGAAAACUCAAACCCUAAAAUUCAAUUUCAAGUAUUUGGCCCGAAUGGGAACCAGGAAUUCAGGUAUUCAAACGAAAGACGAAUGAAAGGAAGAGAAAACACACCGAAUUGGUGAAAAGGCACAAUUACUUGUGUCAACAGAUUAUUUCGUCCGCAAUAUUUCCACAUUUCCUUUCAAAUCGACACGUUUUCGAAACAAAUUGUUGGGUAAAUUUUCUCUCGUUCGCUCGCUCUCUGUCUCCGUCACGUUGAAUUUGCGUUUCUGACAGCAGAACGCAGAAAGAGUUUGUGUGUAUGCAGUGAGACCGAUGAAUAGAACAUUGUAUGAAGCUUAAUUUUGCUCACAUUAUUAGGUUUUCGCCUGCUGCUCCCGUGGAAUUCCCAUUCAAUGAAUAUAAUGAAAUGUAAAACUGUUUGAAAUAUUUAUAACUGUGAAUUUAAUGGGCGAUAUUUUUGUUUGCGUUGAGAUCAUUUUUUUCUUCUUUUCUUUCAUUCAUUCUUUACUUAUGCAUUCAAUUGCGCGCGUCCGUACCAUCAAAAGCAGGAUCGAAGAAUGGAGAGUGAAAUGAAACCCUCUUGAAAGCAUGCUUUCAUUAUGUACGAUUCGUUUUUUUCUGCUGCUGUUGCUGCCUUUGCUGAUUGCCUUUCGAUUCGUCUUUAUUUGUAACUUACUUAGACGGCAUUAACAGUCAUUUUCUAUUAAGACCAUAACCGGAUUUACACAAAAUACUAUUAUAUGCAUGGGAUGUGUGAACAUAAAUACUUUAGGGUGCGUGUCGUGUAUUAUGUAUACAAGUUUUUUUCUUUCUUCUCAUUCUUCUUUCGAUUGUCUUCAGCUGGAAAUAAAAUUGGAAGAACUGCGUCAUGAUUUAUCCACAUAACGUGAACUUCAAUUUGCGUGAGCUCUCUCACUUCAGCGGUGUGGUGUGUAUGUGUGUUACCUUUAAACGGCUCGAUUAUUGCUUCAUUUACGUUGCUUUAGAGAAAAAAAAGAUUAUUAUUUAUGGUUUUCCUUGCUCUGCUUAUGCGUUUGCCUUUAAAAAUGAGCGCUUCUUAAGCAAGUCUCGAUCAACUCGAAGGGACUACAGAGCAAUCAUAAUGAAAGGAACAAAGAAGCGACUCAUCGUUGAAGAAACGUGUACGGAUGUCGUCAGUGCUUGCGUUGUUUUCCGUGUGCUGGCUCUCUGUUUUUGUUGACAUCAGGCCAGCCGCGCGACUAGUUCGAUAAACUGAGACUAGAAAGAGCGCAUUGCAUGUGCUAUUUUACUGAUGCUGCUGCAUUCAGACCCGAUGAAAGUAAAUAAAUGGAGAGAAAUAAAAAUCAUGGCGAAGAAAAUUGCAUGGCCGCUUGCCGUUCUGUGCGCAUAUUCCGAAUUUUAUUCGAUACGCAUACACAGUCAAUAUGCUUUGGUCGCAUCUACCGUGUGGCUGUUCAGAAUUAUACACAAGUACACUUACAGCACACACACACACACACACAGUCAAAGCGAGAGAGUGAGAGCGAGAGCAUAAAGUGCACACAGAAACAGCGGAUCGAAUCCGAAAGCGAGGCCGAGCCAGGCGAACAAAUGGAAGAAGGAACAACAACAUACUUUUAGUUUUCGGGUAAAUGUUAAGUGCUCUCUUUGUUCAUAAUGCGGCUUCAGGUUAAUACAAAGAUCCGUGCAAUAUGGUCGUUAUUUGUGUGUGGAGAGAGCGAGUGAGAAAGAGUGAAUCAGAGAGUACAGUGCCGAUGAACUCCACACACCAACUCAUAUAAAUCACCGCUGAAACUGGCUGGAGCUUGUUUUUAGUGGAGCUCAAUUGCAUGUAAUGAACUCAUUCAUCCGGUUAAUUAUUUACGGGUAUAUCCACCACCGAAAUAUUCGCACUCGCUCCAUAACGUUGUUUAUGUGCGCUCGGUCAAAGGAUCUCGCAUGAAUUCUUGGCUUGCCUGGCAUUAACGAAUGAAAAACGACGACAAAGCUACAUGCCGUGCUUUUGAUUUGUAAAUACGAAUCGUUGUGCACACUGCGAGCAGCCAACAUUCUUUGAAUUACCGUUUUUUUUUCUCUACUGAUUUUUAUGUCCCGACAAAAUGGGCUGAUUUCCCAGUUUGUUUCGCUGAUUUUUUAGCUUAUAUUUUCAUUAGGUGUUCUGUGAAAUUGUUGACGCUGAGCAACGCAGGAUCCCUCCAUUAUAUUUCAAUUUCUUAAUAAAAAUACCGUGAAUGCACUUUAAAAAGAAUCCAAAACCAUGGCAUUGAUGCCGUUAAAACGGCAAAAGAGAGAGAGAGCGAAAAACUGGCGCGCAACGGAAUCGCGCGAGAGAAUUGUAAAAUAAGUCUUAACAUCGACUGGCAUACAGCAUACGCACCACAGAGCGGGACAAAUAUACGUUCGCCGAGAGCGAACAGCGAAUGCGGUGCUGCUGUGUUGUGCUGUUAUUGUACGUGGAUCGCAAUCAACCGGCAAUUCUGAGUCUGUGGCAACAGCCGCCGCAGAGAGCGAAGCACAGCAGCAGCGACCGAAUGAGAGGCAGACAGAGCGCAAUAGCGAGCGCGAACCGAAUCGCAUCGUAACUCAUGAGGUUCGACUCAAUGUACAGUUUGACGGUGCUCACAUACUAAGUGAAACGUUUCAAGCGAACUGAUGUGUGUACGCCCGUUCGUUCGUUUAAAUUCUCGUCCGUGUCAUACGAUACCAUUUUCAGCAAGUAAAAUAAAACAUCCGAACAAAAACCAGUCUAAUCCAAGCGAAAGCAUAGUAAAACCCAAGUGUUUCUGAAAAAGUUGUUUUUUUUUCUCUUUCAAAUUGAAGAUAUUGUUAUAGAAAUUUCAUUCUGUUGAAUCAUUUUAUUUUCGUGAAGUGUGGUGUAGUCAUUCAUUGAUUUUUGUUUCAAAAAAAGAAGAAGAAGAAUAACGAAAAUUAAACGCAUAUUUUUCGAUUGUUUCAUUUUAUUUGCUUGUUCCAUCAUUCAUAAAAAAAAAAGAGAAAUUGGUUUAAUAUUAUCCCGAAAGCAAAAAAAGAAGAAGAAAGGAAAUUUGUUGUUUUUGAUUAUACAGGGAAAAAAAAGUAUUGGUUUUCAUUCGUUUGCAAUUGAAUUGUUGGAUCAAAUCCAUUAUUACCAUUAUCCGUUGUGUGCAAGUGAUUGAAUUACGGGAAAUUACGAUAUAUAACAAGAGCACACCGACAGUUGCUACUCUGCUCUUCAGUUCGAAAGCGGAAAAAAUUCCCCAGAACAUAAAACGGAGAAAAAACAAAGUGAAUUAGAGUGAAUAACUGGAAGAAAGAAAGAACGUUAUAAAUGGAAACGAGCAAAAAAAAUUCAAAGGGAAAUUCAAUUGAAUGUUGUUGAGUGAGCGAGAGUGUGUGUGUAUAAUCAGUGUAUGAAAGCAAUGAAGCAGACGAAUCUUUCGUGUUGUCAGCCAAAACGUACAGUGGAAUACUUUUACGCAAUUUUAUGAGAAAAGAAAUAGCCCAAACUGGCCAUUGUCGAAAAGCAAACAGAACCAGAAAAGAAUAACAAAUUGUGGAAGCUGUGUAGUUUGAAUUGCAAAGAAGUGGACUUUGAAAAAAAAAACACACCGAGAAUUUACAGUGAAAUACGAGAGAAAAAACAAGUUGAGAAAGAAUCAAAUUCUGUGCUGUGCAUCCAAAAUCAUAAGCUCAUCAUUGGAUUAAAUUCGUUAUCGUUUCCAUCGCAAUUAUUGGAUUAUACGCUGCAUUAAGUCAUCCAGCCCAUCGAUUGUGAACUCAAUCAGGCUUAUUUUCAUCAAAAAUCAAACGUACAUUUUGAUGAUAAAACGAUUAGCAUGGUUGCUAAGACGACACAUUUUUCGGGCUCUGAUGGAGGCUCAGUGGUGUUUGCAUCAACUCCAGCACAAGUUGCAACGACUGCGCCUAGUCCAACAGUACCACGAAAAACGGAUUUCCCAUCGACUGGUUUGCCACACAGCAACGGACCGCUUACGCUGGGUGGCAGUGCAAGCCCUGUAUCAAACGCCACAAGCCAGGCGACAACGACGGCCACAACGCCAACAUCAUCACAAACACCACAAAUGCAGGUUUCAAAUGGUCCAAUAAACUCAACUUCGCCGAUCUCACCAAGUCAAACAGCGCCAAGUGCUUUGGUUAAAUCGAUACCAGCGAAAGUGCCAUCAACUUCGACGAGUACAAGCACAUCACCUGGUAAACCAACACAGCCACAACAAUUAACGUCUCCGACGACACAUCAACAUUCACAAACUCAGUCACAGCAGACAAGUCCGUUGGUAACGUUAUCCAAUGGUUUCACCCCAUCAACCAUACCACCGAUAGCUAGUACGACGCAUUCGACGCCAUUGAUAACGUCGCCAAUUAGCAAUCAGUCAACGAUAACAAAUGGUACAACACAAACUAGCGCAACACAAAUUAUUGGAUCGGUAUCAACCCAGCCACCAGCCACAUUGCAGGCUGUUGCGCCGGCAGUGCAUCCGAGUACAGAAAAUUCAACCGGCCGAACAAAUAGUCCGGCAGUUGCACCGGCCGCAAAUGGAACGACCAAUGUAACUCCAGUCGCAUCAAAUGGUGGUAUUCCAUCAUACCGAUAUCCAGGAUAUCCAUUGUAUGCGCCAUAUGGUAGUUUUCACCAUCCGAGUUCUUAUCCAGUGACUGCACCAAUACCGCCACCGACGAUUCCAUCGCCAUCGGCAUCACCCCGAACAGUCGAUACGAAACCGAGCCGCGACUAUCCACAUGUUCGGCGAAUCUCUCCAAAUUCCGACAAAUCAGCAAACUCAGAAAGCUCCGAGAAACCCGCUGCACCUGCGCCGCCAUUGUCAAGCAGUCUCAGGGAACAAACAUCUCAUUCGACAUCCAAAAGUCAUUCGCCACGCGGUCAUAGCCCAUCACGCGAACGUGACAGUUAUAGUAGCAAUGUAAGCAGUUUAUCUAGAACAUCAACACCGAAUUCUGGCAUAGCAUACGCCGGUCCAGUUUGCGUAUCAACUGGCCCAUCAUCAGUGUUGCCUUAUAACAGUUCGUCAUCGACAAUCGUAUCGUCGGCGCCAGCUAGUGUUGCCGUUACAUCAUCUAGUCUUUCUUAUCCAAAACUAACCGCAUCGAGUUGGCCUAGUGCGAACAGUGCACAAUUGUCGCCGGCGAUCACAAAUACAAUCACGAAACCGACACCCCCGCCAGGUUCAAUUGCAACGGCGCCGUCAUUGCAUUCGACAGCAACUACACAUUCGCCGUUUCCACCUCCCCUAUUUGCGACACCAUUACCGCCCGUUUCGUCGAGUGCAAGCGUUACAUCAGCCGCUCCACAUCCAUUCUCCGCAGAGUCUCUCUUUCAAUCCAGCAAAGCUGAUCAAGCUGACCAUCUUCGUCGUGAACUAGAUAACCGAUUUUUGGAUCGUGCUGGCCUAAGUGUGGUACCGUCUUCGCCAUAUCUGCGACAGGAAUUGCAUCAUCAUCAACAUCAGCAUACACAUUUGCAUCAACAUCAACACCAACAACCGCAGAAUCAAUUGUUCCCACCGCCGCUAUUCAAGGAUAUGCCAAAAUUCGAUUCACCGUUUCAUCGAACGGGUUUGGGUGUAACAUAUCCGGGCUAUGGACCAAGCAUUCUGCAUCCGUCUGGCCUGGGAACGCCAUUUGUGCCACCAAACCAUGUCACAUCUUUUGCACCGAAGCAGCCUCAAACGCAUCCCGCAGUUGAAUCCACUAAACCAAAACAAGUGAAACCGGGACGAUGGAAUGCGAUGCAUGUUCGAAUUGCCUGGGAAAUUCUGCAUCAUCAAAAGAAAGAAAAUCCAGAGAAAACAUCGAAUGCGCCGAGUCUGGCGAAAACUACUGCUGCACCGACAGAAAUGCAUCGACCGCCUUCACAUAUAUUCCCAUCAGCAAGUGUAUUGCAGAGGCCGCCUGAGCUCUCAAACACUUUUCCACCCGGAUUGCCUGCCCGACCAUAUGAUACAUCUGGUUUCUUAGGUGGUCCAACUAGUCAUUUAGGAAAUGCAGUUUCACCGUUCGGUCGAUAUGCAUCGCCGUUCAAUAACUUUCCUGGCCUGGCUUUUGGCCGUGAUAUUCCAAUUGGUGCACCUCCCUCUUUGCAUGAUCCAUGGCGAAAUCCAUUGCCAAGAGCCGUUGCGGGAUAUCCGCCAGCAGCAUGGACAUUCAAGCCCGAUCCAGCGAUAGAAGCGUUGCGACUCAGAGAGGCCGAAGAAAAGGAACGUGAACGCAAGCGGCGUGAAGAAGAAGCGCGACGAGAGCGCGAAGAGAAGGAACGGCGAGAAAAGGAAAAGGAGGAAAGAGCUCGCAAAGAGCAACAAGAACGAGAGCAACGUGAACAACGCGAACGAGAACGUGAGAGAGAAAGACGUGAAAAGGAGCGCCGUGAAAUGGAACGAAUUGAACGAGAGCGGCUACUGCAGCAACAACGUUUAUCGGAAAAUUCAAAGAUGCAACGCGAACGGUCGCCACUCAGAAAUGGCACCGAUUCGGAUGUGUCACGCAUCAAAGAGGAACCGAAACGUGAAGAAGAAAUGCUUAUGCGUGGUCCUCCAAAUGUUGUACCUGACCCAAGAUACGCUCAUGCACAACAUCUGGCCGCUCAACACUACAUGGUUGGCAGACAUAUGAUGCAAGGUCAAAUGCCGCCGGUCAGUUUACUCGGACGAGGUAUUUUGACGCAUCCGAUGGCAGGACCGCCACUGUCACAUUUUGGCCCACCUCCAUCCGGAUGGCCAACGCCUGGUAUAGACUACCGCGAUCCGUAUCGCGCAUUAGAUCCGAUGCAUCAGUUGCGAUACGCACCUGGCGUCAUGGAAGCAUAUCGUGCCGAUGAAGAACGUGCCAAAGCAAUGUAUGCCGCUCAUCUGCGAGCGAAAGAACCAAGCCCCAUACCAGCGCCGCCAAACCGCUUGAAUCCAGCAAUGAAACCAUCCGAAAAUGCUCCAGCGCGAUGAGACUAACACAAAACCAACACAUAAAAAAACCAUUCUCUUCGAAUAGAGUCGAAAGCUUUUAGGAAAAAAUAUGAAAUUUGAACUGAAAUCCAAAUGUAUUUUAAAUACAUUUUUUUUAUCAAAAUGACAAAAACACAUGAACAUAAUUCGAGUCUGUGAAAUAAAUUGGAUUUUCCCAUUUUAAAUUCAUGAAGAAGAAAAAUAUACAAAAUCGUAUCUUGUACAAAAAGAAAAAGAAAACAAACGAACUAUUAAAAAUAUUUUCUAAAUUAAAUUCUCUUCUGUUUCGAAAUAAAAAUAAAGAAUUUGUAGUGGCAUCACGUGAAUGCACACUACUUGUGAUCGCAACCCUCUUUAACAUUUUCAAUAACAACCAUGAACAUUGUCAAUGGACGGAUGGGAUUCAGUUGUUUUUCUUUUGUACGAAUGGAAAACAUACUAUAGAGAAGGAUGCCAUUUACAAAAUGUGCGGGGCAAAAAAUUGAUUUGAAAUCGAUCAGCAGUGGGUCAAUAAAGUGAUAUAAUAAUGUAACUGUAAAUGUUAAUAUCGACAUGAAAAAAAAAACUAUUUUAUUCUCAAUGCAUUCGAGUUGACCGAGUUGAGAUCGAUGUUGUGUGUGUAAAUGCUUAGUUUGGUCAAAAUCGCGCACCGUUCAAAUUCCAAUUAAAAACACUGACCAAUUUAAUGACGCCCACAAAAUUGAUAACACACACCCCACACCCUCCCUCUAGUAUUGGAGUUUCAUUUAGAAAGUGCUUUUCAAAACUUUUCAUGGAAAAUCUUCGUGUAAAUUUUGUAAUAGAUAAGGCUCAGAAAAAGAUAAAUUGAAUAUAUAUUCAAAGAUGUAAAUCGGGGCCAGUGUGAUGUGAUUCAAUGUCGAAUUGAAGAAUUCAACGGAUAGAAGAGAGCGAAAAUAGAUUUUGAAAUCAAUGAAGCAGCAACAGAAACUGAUCAAUACAGACAAUUCGACAGUGGAUCAUGUCACAAAGGCCAGGAUACACCCAAAAAUUUAUGACAAACGGGUGCCAAUCCAAAUCAAGUUCAAUAAUACAAGCAAAACACAUAAUUGAUAACAAUAUUAUGGCAGAUUAACAGGAAGAAAUCGCGUAAGAACACUAAAAAACAAAUAUUGAUGUGAAAAAACCACUAGAUUUUGACAAUGAACAAGUGAUUUUCGAUUCAAUGUGAAUCAAAAGCAAGAUAAAGAGAAAAAGGGAGAUUGGAUGAAAAUUCUGAACAAAAUGACGACCACACACAAAACAACAAACAAACAUGCAAGUUCAAAUCAAAAUCUGCGAGCAUUCUAUUUCGAUAGUGCACGAAAUAAGAACACAAACCAGUAACUAGACAUUUCAAUUUUAAAACAAUUUAGUUAGGCUCAGACAUGAUGGACUACAAGUGGUCUAGAACCAAAUUUGUUUUUGUCUGCCAUGUGGCAAAAUAGAGAGAUAAUUAUUCGUUUUUCAUAGAAAAAAAUUGGAAAUACAUUCGAUUUCAAAUCUCUUUUUUUGUUUCUCGCUCGGAAAAUGUAGUCCAAUUUGAAUCCAAGAAAAUGCAAAUUUUCAAUGGAGCGUAUAAAAUUAAUUUAAAAUCUCAUUACCGAUGACAUCGCAAAAAAAAAUCGAAGAAAGAUUGGGAAUCGAGUAAAUCAUUAUGGUUUUGAUCGACCAUGAAAUGAAUUUAUAACUUAUUUUAUCUAAAUUAAUUUUUUUAAUCAAUUUUAUUUGUAAUUAAAUAAUUUCCUUUCGGAAAAAAGAAUAAAACUUAAUUUAAUCAAAGCUACUUUGCGAACUGAUUUCUGUACAUUGGUUUAGAAGAAAACCUAUUUUAAAAUAUAAAUCGAAUUCAGACCACUGGAAAAAAAGGAGAAAAACAGAAUAUUGUUGAGAAAAUUGAAUAAAACAAUUUGACAUUUUCAUUUAAAUCGAUUUGAAUGGAAAUUAUUUCGCCCAGCUCGUAAGAGUAUUUUAUUUUAAAAUCGUUCGAUCUCUAUAAAAGUGCAAAUAUUCUUCUUUCAUGAAAAUACUUAAUGCAAUUCAGUUUGAUGACAAACAGACGAUAAAACACAAGCACUGAACGAACUACACUAUGAAAUUCUCUCCCUCUUCACUACAACAAUAAAUAAUAAAUGCAUUUUUAUACCAAUAGAAAAAAAACAAAACACUCAAACUCUAGUUUUAUAAUUCCAAUUUAUUAUAUGCAAAAAAGAAACAAAAAGAAGAAGA